UUCAAUGGCAGAAGAAAUUAGGCGUAAAAUUACUCAACGAAUAGGAAAUGAUAAAUAUGCUUUGACAUCUGAUGGCUGGUCACAGGUAACAAAGUCACCAGCACUUCUCAGUACAUCACUUAAAUUCAUCUUUCGAAAGAGAUGAUUUCGUGUUUGAUGUUGUGCCUAUGGAUAGU